AGAGAAAUCACGCUGGCACAAGGCCCAGUUGAACAAAGCGUUCUUUGACCACACAUUCCAAACCUGUUAUGCACUCCACUGCAUAAACCUGAUGGCACCGUGGUCAGGUAAAUAAUAUCCCAGCAUUGACAAGAAAAGCUACCUGCUCCAAUGCUCCCAUCCAGCAACAUUAGGUUACCAUCUAUUUGAUUUACCCCGCAAGUAGAGCGCAUAUCAUCUGGUAUCGUUUAAGGUUUGGUUUCUAUUGGAGUGAGCACCUGACCUAGUCCACAGGGGUAUCCCCACCCACCCUCAGCUGCCUGCGACCAGCAGAGACGUGCUUCGUCAUUGCAAGACGCGUUACUGGAAUACUCGGAUCAAUAUGCUGUAACUUCUGAAGGCGUCGGGAAACACUUGAAUUAUGAUGGCGGAAUAAUACCAGGAAGAAAACAGGAAGAAACGUCUCACCUCUCAGCCUUCUCUUCACGCAAAUGACAGGGAUCUGGGCCUGUUCCCGGGAAAGCAGUAUGUCAUUCACGUCGGGCUCGUCGGACUCGUUAAAGAAAAAAAUCUGUCUCCCGGUUCGUGUGUGUACCAUGACAACAGAGGCUAGCGCGGUGGGCGAGGCGGACACAGAGGGCAAGCCGAAGCCCAGUGUAGCAGAGGCAGAGAGAAGACCGGAGAACAAGCAGAGCUCGGAGGCAGAGAUACACCUGGAGAACAAGCAGAGCCCAGAGCCAGAAACAGAGAGAGAACCGGAGAACAAGCAGAUCCCAGAGGCAGCAGCAGCGGAGCCAGAGAGGGAGAAGCCCAGCCAGAAGACCCAGGAGCAGGCCUCAGAGCCUGGCUCCACAGAGACCCCCAUCUUCACCACCACCACUGAGGAGGAGCAGCUAGCGAAGCCCCGCCAGCGCACCUCAGCCAGCCGGGGCCUCUCACGCCUCUUCUCCUCCUUCCUCAAGCGGCGCUCGCAGUGCUCAGACGUAGAGUGGGCUGAGGUCGAGAAGGCGGAGAAGGACAGGAAAGAGAAGGCAGAGGCUGGAACAAAGGAGGAAAAGUUAGAGCAGGCCAAGGGGGAGGAGAAGAAAGAGCCAGAGGAAAGGGGGGAGAAGAAAGAGGAGGAAGAAGCAGCAAAGAAAGCAGAGAAGAAGAAAGAGGAGGAAGAAGCAGCAAAGAAAGCAGAGAAGAAGAAAGAGGAGGAAGAAGCAGCAAAGAAAGCAGAGAAGAAGAAGAAGAAAGAAGAGGAAGAAGCGGCAAAGAAAGAGGCAGUGAAGAAGAAGAAAGAAGAGAAAGAGGCAGCAAAGAAAGCAGAGAAGAAGAAGAAAGAGGAAGAAGAGGCAGCAAAGAAAGCAGAGAAGAAGAAGAAAGAGGAAGAAGAGGCAGCAAAGAAAGCAGAGAAGAAGAAGAAAGAGGAGGAAGAAGCAGCAAGGAAAGCGAAGAAGAAAGAGGAGGAAGAGGCAGCAAAGAAAGCAGAGAAGAAGAAAGAGGCAGAGCAGCAGAAUCAAGAGAAAGAGGCAGCAAAGAAAAAGGAGGAGAAGAAGAAAGAGGAAGAAGAGGCAGCAAAGAAAGCAGAUAAGGAGGGAGAGGCAGCAAAGAAAGAGGAGGAGAAGAAGAAGGAGGGAGAGGCAGCAAAGAAAGAGGAGGAGAAGAAGAAGGAGGGAGAGGCAGCAAAGAAAGAGGAGGAGAAGAAGAAGGAGGGAGAGGCAGCAAAGAAAGAGGAGGAGAAGAAGGAGGGAGAGGCAGCAAAGAAAGAGGAGGAGAAGAAGGAGGGAGAGGCAGCAAAGAAAGAGGAGGAGAAGAAGAAGGAGGGAGAGGCAGCAAAGAAAGCAGAGGAGAAGAAAGAGGAGGAAGAGGCAGUAAAGAAAGCAGAGAAGAAGAAGAAAGAGGAGGAAGAGGCAGUAAAGAAAGCAGAGAAGAAGAAGAAAGAGGAGGAAGAGGAAGCAAAGAAAGAGGAGGAAGAGGCAGCAAAGAAAGCAGAGAAGAAGAAGAAAGAGGAGGAAGAGGAAGCAAAGAAAGCAGAGAACAAGAAGAAAGAGGAGGAAGAGGAAACAAAGAAAGAGGAGGAAGAGGCAGCAAACAAAGCAGAGAAGAAGAGGAAAGACAAAGAGGAGUCAGCAAAGAAAGCAGAGAAGAAGAAAGAGGAGGAAGGGGCAGCAAAGAAAGAGGAGAAGAAGAAAGGGGAGGAAAAGACAACGAAAAAAACACAAAAGGGGAAGAAGAAAGAGAAAGAAAAUAAAGAGGAGGAGAAGGGGAAGAAGAACGAGGCGAAUAAAGAGGUAAAGAAGAACGAGGAGAAUAAAGAGGUAAAGAAGAAAAAACGGAAGGGCAAAAAGAAAGCAGGGGAGGAGCACAAAACAGGGGAGCAGUCCACAACAGAGGUGCAGGUGAAAGCCCCCAUCGCGGCCCCGGAGCCAGAGCUCAGAGCAGAGGCGGAGGGGGAGGCUGAACAGGAGAGGCAGGAGGAGCCGGUAGAGGCCCAGGACCAUCACUCCAUCAGCAGUGCAGAGACACAGCCAGCACAGGCGGAGCAGAAGGUGAACGCCGAGGUAGAGAAGGAGGGGGAAGAGAAGGAGGCGGGAGUAGAGGAGAAAGAGAAGAAAGAAGAAACAGAGGAAGAGCCAGCCGAGCAGAUGGAGGAGGAGGAGGAGGGAGAGGCGAACGGAGGGGAAGGGGAGAACACUAAUGGAGAAGACAAGAUGGCUUUAGCAGAGGAGGCCAAACCCUCCAAGCGUCCGCGGAUCAUGCAGUGUAAAGUCACCCUCCUGGACGACACUCUGUUUGAGUGUGAGCUCGGUAAACAUGCGACGGGCUCGGAUCUGUUUGUGAAGGUGUGUGACCACCUCAACCUGCUGGAGAGAGACUACUGUGGCCUGGCCGUCUGGGAUACCCCCACUUCCAGGACAUGGCUGGACGCCUCCAAAGAGAUCCGGAAACAGGUGGCAGAUUAUACAUACGAGUUCACUUUCAACGUGAAGUUCUACCCUCCUGAUCCAGCUCAGCUCACAGAAGACCUCACCAGGUACUACCUUUGUCUACAGCUGCGUAAAGACAUCCUGAGUGGCCUGCUGCCAUGCUCCUUUGUAACUCUGGCCAUGCUAGGCUCCUACACGGCCCAGUCUGAGCUGGGGGAGUAUGAUCCAGAGGUCCACGGCUCUCACUACACCAAGGAGCUGAGGCUGGCCCCGGGACAGGGCAAAGAGCUGGAGGACAAGGUCAUGGAGUUGCACCGCACAUACAGAUCCAUGAGUCCAGCCCAGGCAGACAUGUUGUUUCUGGAGAAUGCCAAGAAGCUGUCUAUGUAUGGAGUGGAUCUGCACCAAGCCAAGGAUCUUGAGGGUGUGGACAUCACUCUAGGGGUGUGUUCUGGUGGUCUCAUGGUAUAUAAGGACAAGCUGAGGAUCAAUCGUUUCCCCUGGCCCAAAGUCCUCAAGAUCUCCUACAAGCGAAGCAGCUUCUUCAUCAAGAUCCGUCCCUCUGAACAAGAACAGUAUGAGAGCACAAUCGGCUUCAAGCUGCCCAACUACAAGGCCUCCAAGAAGCUGUGGAAGGCCUCAGUGGAACACCAUACCUUCUUCAGGGUGUCGUCCGUGGAGCCCCCGUCGUCCCGCUCCCGGUUCCUGGCGCUGGGGUCAAAGUUCAGGUACAGUGGUCGUACCCAGGCCCAGACCCGCCAGGCCAGUUCCAUGAUCGCCCGGCCCGCCCCGCGCUUCACCCGGUCCGCCAGCAAGAGGCUGUCCCGCACCAUCGACGAAGCUGGAGAUGAUGAUCUCCAAGCCUCGCAGCUCUCUGCUAGUCCAAACAAGACCGAGGAUGACGAUUGGUUCUUCAUGCUGGGAUCUGACCAACCCCAGACUUUCUUUUCACCAGCCAGAGGGGGGGAGACUUUCUCUGUGGAGACUUCUACUCAGAGCUGGGAUGAUGGCAAGUCUGUCCAGACAGUCAGACAGGCAUGGCAGGAGACUGAGACAGGCCAGACGGUCAGUCGGACUGUCAGUCAGACAUGGCAGGGACGAGUGUCUGAUGAACAGCAGCAGGGGAGACUGGAGGAGGAGAAAGAGGAGGAUUGGUCUGUCCUGCUGGGCAGACGACCCUCCCUUCCCUAUGUCCCCUACCCCAUGAUGAAACCGCCAGUCAAAUACCGCUCUGCCCAGGUGGCAAAGGUGGCCACGGCCAACAUUCUGAAGAGGCUGCUACAGCCAAGGCAGGAACAAAGUGAUGACUGGGUCAUGCAGUUGGACCGCAGCUUUGAGUUUGCAGACACACCUCCAUUCUCUCCCUCAGUCUCCCUGGAGAAGGAGGAGACUAGGCAGGAGAGGAGGGAGGUGAUCAAGAGGCUCCAGGAAGGGGUGUUCCUGGUGGAGAAGCUGAGGGAGGUAGAGGUGCUGGAUGAGAGACUGAGGGAGGUGAAGGUUUUGGAAGAACGGCUGCAGGAGGUGGAUGAGCUGGAGGAGAGGAUACAGGAGGAGGUGGAGGCCAGGCAGCAGCAGGAGGAGGAGGGAGGGGUAGAAGUAGAGGAGGAGGUGGUAGAGGCAGCGGAAGAGAAUGUGGAGGAAGUAGAUGAGUUGGAGGAGCAGAUAAAGGAGAUGUUUCUCAAAGGAUUGCUGCCAGAUGAGUCAGGGGAAGAUGAGGGACUAAAAGAGGAGAGUAUGGAAGAGGCAGAGGAGUCUGAAGAAGGGUGGUCAAAUGUGGCGAGCACCUCUAUGGUACGGAGAGUAGAUUUGAGGACCCAGAAUAGUGUGACUAUAGUGAAAGAGAUGAGGCAACAAGAAGGAGGGAUGGAGGAGGAGACGGUGGAACAGGUGGCGGUUUCAGACGAGGGAUUGAAAGAGGAUGAAGGAUGGUUAGAGGAGAGGAAGCAUCAGGCUUUGGUGGAAGGGUUGACAGAGGGGCUUGAGGAAAGGAGAGGAGAGAUAAGAGUGGAAAGGAGGAGGAAGAAGGUGACUAUAGUGACACAGGAUGAGAGUCUUCCAGAUGAACUAGAGCAGAAAGCAUCUGAGAAGUUGUCAGAGGACCAGAUAGGAGGCCAUUUUUAUAAAGAGGGACAACUUAUGGUGAAAUUCAAUGAACUAUUUGCGGCAGAGAAGUUAGGGUUACCGAUAGUUACAAUUCAGCAGGAGUGGCUCCAAGAACAGGAAAAGGUCAGGGAGGAGAAACAGGAGAGAGUGGAACAGGUGAAAGUUUCAGGCGAGGGAUUGAUAGAGGUGAAAGGAGGUCUAGAGGAUAGGAUGCGGCAGAUGUCGGAGGAAAGGAUGCCAAAGGGAGAGCAGACUGUGGUGAAAACCAAGAAAACAGUGAGAAUAAUGGAAGAAAUGAGGAGAACACAGAAGACACUCGAGGAAAAGUCAUCAGAUGACAUUUUAUCAGAGGAAAGGCUGGGUGAUGGUUUUUAUACAGAGGGGGAAGUUUUGGUGAAAUUCAGAAAGGAUGUGGAGAGGGUUCCACAUAGAGUCAGACAAAUGGAGAAGCCCCAAGAAGAAGAAGAAGAAGAGGUAGUGGAAGUGAAUAUGCAGCCAUCCCAGCCAGAAGACAAGGACGAUUGGGUUGUGCUGCUGGACAGCCUCCCACACAAGACUCUUUAUAAGCCUCCAGUCAUGCCAGCCGACUCCGCUCUGGUGCCUGUGGUCUCCACAAGAUUCUCUGUGGUGUUAGUAGACACGGUCGAGCAGAGAGCACCAGAGAGGGAAUGCAUUGAAGUGGAGGCCACACAGCAACAGCCUGAAAGGGGAUUGGUGGAAGCACGGAGACCGUGGCAAAUGCAGGAAGAUGAUUGGUUUAUGCUCUUGGACCUGGCUGAUCGUGUUCCUUCAGGUGUACCAACCACACCAGUUUCAGCUUCUUUGCAAGAGCAAGUUCAGGUGUACGUAGAUGAAACCAUCUCUUCCAUGGUUAAAGUGAUGACAGUGGUGCAGAGAGAGGAGACCAGGGUGACUGUAGUGGAGGAGAUGGAGGUACAGGAAGACCAGAGCCGUCUGGAACAGAAACCGUCACAGAGAGAGAUGGAAGAUGACUGGUUUGUUCUGCUGGACAUUGUUCCCAGAGAACCAUCUGUGAUUCCGUCAGCUUCUGUGGAAGAGCGUAUUCCGGUAUACCCUGAGGAAAGCGUCUCCUCUGUGGUUGAGUUGACGACAGUAGAGCAGAGAGAGGAGAGAAGGGUGACUGUAAUGCAAGAGGAGCGACGUCAAGAAGAAGUUAUACUUCCACCACAGCCAUCAAGAGAGAUGGACGAUGACUGGUUUGUGCAACUGGAUGUCGUGUUCAGAGAAACAUCCUAUAUACCACCAGUCGCUCCAGCAGAGCCAACACCGGUUUCUCCAGAUGUGAUCAGCCCUGUGGUUGAGGUAAAGGCUGAACAGCAGAAGCCAGUGGUGGUUCUGGUGGAGGAGACGAGGCCACAACAGGAACGGGAAGUAGAGGAGUGGCAGCGACAACCAGAGAGAGAUGAUGAUUGGUUUACACUGUUUGCUGAUGUCCGUGAGGAGCCGAUCAUUGUACCACCAGUUGCUCUUGGUGAGCAUACUCCGGUAUAUCCAGAUUUAAGCCAGACCACCUCUGUAGUUGAUGUGACGACCAUAGAAAGAACAAUUAAGAAGAGGGUGACUAUUGUUGAAGAGAGGUGGGGAGAGCAAGAGGAGAUCCUCCAGUCAGAGAUGAUCAUCCCAGAGCAGAGACCACCAGCAGAGAGAGAGGAGGGAAAUGGACGGUUUGUUCUGUUGGAUGCCAUCCGUGAAGAACGUGCUGGGGUUCCACCAGUUUCCCUGGCUGUUAGCGAUAGGGUAUACCCAGAGGUUGUGCCAGCCAAACAUCUGACCAUUGAGCCUGAACCAAGAGUGUUUGUGGUGGAAGCAGUCCAAUCACUUCCUGAAGACGUUGCCCUGGAGGGUAAGGCAACACAACAGCAGAGAGAGCAGGAUGAUGAUUGGUUUUUGCAGCUGGAUGUUGCCCCUACAGUAGCAGCUGCACCAGUGGUGGUGAUUUACUCUGAUGUGAGCACCACAGCUGUUACGGUGGUGAAGGAGAUAGUGGAACAGAAACCACCAAAGACCGUGAGGAUCAUGGAAGAGACUGUUAAGAUGGAGGAGGGGCCUGUGGUAACACCUAAAGAAGUGGAUGAUGAUUGGUUUGUGCUCUGGGACCGCGCUCCCUCCAAGAUACUGACCACACCCAAGGCGUUCCAUGUAGACAGAGAGGUUAUAGAGCUGGUACCCCGGAGAACAGUGAUUGUGGUGGAGGAAACUAGGAAACCACAUAGAGUGGUGGAGGACAGACGUCAACCGGAGGUUGAAUUGGUGAAAACACUGCCUCCCCAAGAGAGAGGGGAGGGUGAUGAUUGGUUCAUGCUCUUUGAAGCCUCUCGCCAAGAGCCUGUGAAAAUGCCAACAGUUGCUGUGGUAACUAGACCUGCCCCUGUGGUUGAUGUGAUGGUGACGAGCACAGAGCAGAGAACCCAGAAAAGGGUGACGAUAGUGGAGGAGAGGUGGAGAGAGGAGAGGACCCUGCAGCAGAGACUGCCUCAGAGACAGAGAGAGGUGGACGAUGACUGGUUUGUCCUGCUGGAUGCUGCCCCUAAAGAAUUAGUUGCUCAACGUGAGCGUCUCCAGGUCUAUACUGACAUAACUGUGGUCAAAGGUCCAGCCGCUCAGCCCAAACCCAGAGUGGUGGUUGAGGAGGAGAAGAGAACAACACAACCCCAGAGAGAUGUGGAUGACCAUUGGUUUGUGUUGCGGGAGAAAAAAUCGGUUGCAGUGGUGGCCACCCACAAGGCCGCCCGUCCGGUCAGCGCCCCAGUCUUCUCCCAGGCAGCCCUGAUGGAAGCAGGGAUCCCCAUGGCCCCCCUGGACCUCCAGCAGCCCCAGACCUCCACCCCCAUCAGGCUGCCAGCCCGCCAGGACGACAGGAAGCUGCAGGUCACCGUGGAGGCAGUGGACGAGGGCUCAGCCGAGGUCAAGUCUGAGCAGACGGACACUGAGGAGCCGGUUCAAAUGAGGAAGAAAAGAGCUAAGAGAACUGAGGGUGACUCAAUUUAUAUCAGACAUAGUCUUUUAAUGUUGGAGGACUUUGAGAAGCCCCAGGAGGAUCUCAUCAGGCAUCAUACUAGUAUCAGUGAGCUGAAGAGGAACUUCAUGGCGUCUGUCCCAGAGUUCCGGGGGCCUAGUGAAUGGGACAAGCGCCUGUCUACUCACUCCCCCUUCCGCAGCCUGGGCAUCAACGGACAGCCUUUACCUGAUGCCGACGGGCCCCCUCUGGUGCAGACCCAGACAGUCACCAUCACAGACGUGUCCAUCUUCCCUACUGACGUCUCCACUAAGGAUGUCCCUAUCGCUCAGACCCAGACUAUCAGCUACGAGUCUGCAGAGGUGUCAGUUGAUGGGACAGACUGGGGGAAAGAGGCCACAGCACUGAGCAGCAUUCAGUCCAUUACCUCAGAGAGCAGCAGGGAAACCAGUGGCACCUCCAUUACUACCACCACCACUCACAUCUCCAAGGUGGUGAAAGGAGGAGCGUCAGCGACCAGAGUGGAGAAGAGGAUCGUCAUCACUGCCGACUCAGAGGAUGACCAGGGAAGUGAUGGCGGAGCAACAGCAAUGUGAUUCAGAUCAACACACAGUCAGGGAGCCCUAUGGAUCUGAUGCUCAAGACACCAGAGCUUUGUAGUACAGACUAACCUCCCUGUCCCAGAGCCACCCCCACCUCCUCAACCCAUACGGACAUUGUGUCCUGACUGGUCCCCUCCAGAACCACUGUGGUGGUGCAUAAAAGGGAAUAUGGUGCCAUUUGGGAUGCAUCCUGGUGUCUCCCUGACCAGUGGGAUAUGAACAGGCCAGGGAGAAAGCCUAUUGUGUCCUCUCUUUCCAUACUGCUGUUCUGACUGUAUGGUGGCUUCAUUUUGGUUUAUUCCACUCAAACCUCAUAUUUCGCCAAAUUACUCUUUUUUAAAUUAUUAUAGUAGGAAAGAUGAACCAUUUCAGUUCUAAGAGCAUUUAGGUCAUUUUCUUUUAAAUGUUUAUUUACAACAUAUUUUUCUGUCGUUUGUAUUGCUACUACUGUAUCAUUGAGUUUAAGUGUGGACUCAGCGAUAUGACGCAGAUGCAGAAAGUAAACAGCGUAGUGGGUCAAUUUCAGCCAAACAACUAAGAGCGUUGAAGCAAGAGGCUCGACUUCUCUGCUGUUUUGGUGCCAUGGUUCCAACGCUGUGAACAGAGUGAAGUGAACCCGUGCACAUGCGCAGAUACUGUGUGAGAGCAAAGUCUUGCGUCUCGCUCAUCUCAGUAUCUGCGGUGCUGGUCGAGGCAUUUUACUGAGUCUCCCUUUAACAUGCUCAUUUUGACAGAAAUGCACUGUUUUCAACUGGGCUUUAAGUAAUAACAUUAUCAGACUUUUUCAAUCAGAUUAAGAUGCUGGACAGAAACUAGAUGUAUUUUUGGAAAGGGAUAACUCCUUUGAGUUUAUGUUUAUAAUUGAGGAAUAUUCUUUUUUUUUAUUGAAUAUUAAAAUUGAAAUGACAUACCUCACUUAAAAGUAUUGAACAAAGAUAUUGCAUACUCCAACAACCAUGUCUGUUUUGGUUUUGUUCUCUGCUCAGGUAAAAUAUCUCUUACUUAACCAGCCAUGUUAACAUGUGUAAUACUACUAUGUCAGGCCACGAUGACCCUCGGUAUAAACUUUGACGUGAUGACAACUAUCUGUUUUGAAAUGUUUACUCUAUUUUAUAGCAUUACUGCUUUUAUAGUAUUUGUACAAAACGAGGUGUUUAAGUUAUUGAAGUUCAUAUCCUACUCAAUAGUAGCUUCUCAUAUCAAUAUUGUCUUUUUUUUUUUUUUUACAGCUUGAAUUUGGGAGUGGCCCUAUGUUUCCCAGUACAUAUUCAGCAUUGUUUCUUCUUCCUCUUUUAACACACCAUUGACCUCUAGGACUGCCCCAUGCAGUCUGAUGUGAGAGCAAUGGGAGUGACCCUAUGUUUCCCAGUACAUAUUCAGCAUUGUUUCUUGUUCCUCUUUUAACACACCAUUGACCUCUAGGACUGCCCCAUGCAGUCUGAUGUGAGAGCAAUGGGAGUGGCCCUAUGUUUCCCAGUACAUAUUCAGCAUUGUUUCUUCUUCCUCUUUUAACACACCAUUGACCUCUAGGACUGCCCCAUGCAGUCUGAUGUGAGAGCAAUGGGAGUGACCCUAUGUUUCCCAGUACAUAUUCAGCAUUGUUUCUUGUUCCUCUUUUAACACACCAUUGACCUCUAGGACUGCCCCAUGCAGUCUGAUGUGAGAGCAAUGGGAGUGACCCUAUGUUUCCCAGUACAUAUUCAGCAUUGUUUCUUGUUCCUCUUUUAACACACCAUUGACCUCUAGGACUGCCCCAUGCAGUCUGAUGUGAGAGCAAUGGAAAGUCCUGCCGUGUUUUGUCCCUGAAAAUGAUUUUAGAUAGAAACGUGAUUGAUUUUCAAACCUGUUGUUGUUGAUUUGAUGAAACAAUGCUUUAGUCUGUUUCUCAGGUUUUAUGUCUUUAUCAAUACUGCAGGACAAAACCCUUCUGUAUAUGAUUGUAUGAAGAAUGUUCAGUCUUGAUGUACAUUCUAGCCCUGCAGAUGGGUCCAAAUGAUUCUGAGCUCUUAAACACAGUAGUUCCUGUGCAAGAUGUAUUUAUCACUAUCAAAAGGCAGCUGUCCCAGUGUGUGGCUUUUCUUUCAUACAGGGGAACAUAUUUAGUCCUUUUGUACAUGUUCUACCAUAAUUUCUUUGUAAAGUAGAGACUGUUUCAUGUGAUUCUUUGUACUGGGAUGUUUUUAAAACACGCCUGUUCGCAGGCUUUUAGACACAGUCACAUUCAGAAUAAUCAUCUAGUUUGUAAAUCUUUCUUACCACCUGUUUUAUAGUAGAUUCCUCUACCAGUUGCUGUACCCUGUCCUUUUGUAGAUCAGAUAAAGAUACUUGUAUGAGAACCCUUUUAGAGAAUGACAAUUGGUAGCAGACCUUUCUUCCCCUCUGAAGAAGUUUGUGAAGGUGGCACAAACUAUUAGCUCGAAAGAUCUUGAGGUCAUAAACUAGAAUCUCAGCGGAAGCAUUCGCUUUUAGAUAUGUAAACUUAUUGCUUUUGUGACAUAUCCCUGUCUUUAAAAUUAAAUAAAAUCAGGAUGAAUUAUCA